ACGUCUGGCGGCGUGGGCGCGGCAGCGGGGUGACGUCACGGCAUAGCCGGGUCGGGUUACUGUAGUCCCAUUUCCCUCUUCCGUCUUCAGACCCUGUUCAGCAAAGCGGCCGACUCGAAAGGAAAUAAGUACAAUGUCCCAUCAAACAGGCAUUCAAGCUGCUGAGGAGGUGAAGGAGAUUUUCGCGAAGGCGAGGAACGGCGAUUAUCGGGUCCUGAAGAUUGUCAUCCAGGACGAACAACUGGUUCUGGGUGGAACGAAGAAAGCCGCUAAACAGUGGGACCAGGACUAUGACUCCUGCGUCUUCUCUCUGCUGGAGGACGGGGUUCCGUGCUACAUUUUGUACCGGCUAGACUCCUCCAACAACCAGGGAUACGAGUGGAUCUUCCUGUCCUGGUCUCCCGACCACUCUGCCGUUCGACAUAAGAUGCUGUACGCUGCUACCAGGGCCACAGUGAAGAAGGAGUUCGGAGGCGGACACAUUAAAGAUGAGCUCUUUGGCACUGUAAAGGAUGAACUGUCUUUGAGCGGGUACAAAAAAUACCUGACCUCCCAAGCUGCACCUCUCCCCCUGACUGCCGCAGAGGAGGAACUGAGACAGAUCAAACUCAGCGAGGUGCAGACAGACAUCAGCGUGGACACCAAACAGCAGACCCUGCAGGGUGUGGCCUUCCCCAUGGACCGGGAAGCUGUUCAUGCUCUGGAGCAGUUCAAGGAGAAGAAGUUCAACUAUGUCCAACUUGAAAUCGAUUUUCAAAAGGAGAGCAUAAAUCUGUCCAGCACGGCUCCCACGGAGGUCAAAGACCUGCCGAAAAGAAUUCCCAAAGAUUCAGCCCGCUACCAUUUCUUCCUGUACAAGCAUUCCCACGAGGGAGACUACUUGGAAUCCACAGUCUUCAUGUACUCCAUGCCUGGCUACAAGUGCAGCAUCAGAGAGAGAAUGCUCUACUCCAGCUGCAAGAACCCGCUAAUCGACAUGGUGGAAAACAGCCUUCACAUCGAAAUAGCGAAGAAGCUGGAGAUUGAAAGCGGUGAUGAGCUGACCAAUGACUUCCUGUAUGAGGAGGUCCAUCCCAAGCAGCAUGCGCACAAGCAGGCCUUCGCCAAACCUAAGGGUCCCGCUGGAAAAAGAGGCCAACGUAGGAUGAUUCGAGGUCCAGGGGAAGGCGAGGACGAAGACUGAUCACCCCUCCAUAAUGGUUCACAUUGGAACAUUCCAAAUAGUGUAAGACAUUUUUGAAAUUAAAGCAACCCCUAUAUUCCCUUUAUGAAAUCCUCAAAGUCCACUUGAGAUUGAUCUAUGCACACAGAUGAUAAACUAGGCCUAAUCAAACGUGAAUUUCUACUUGCAGGUUGCUAUAAGGAACGUACAUCGAAUAAGAUACACAUGAAAUAGAAUAACAAUGCAUUCAUUGUAGAGCUAAGACAGGAAAUGCCAUAUUUUUACGGCUUUGAGAUGUAACAGGAGCGUUUAUCUUCACGUCAGGCUGAGGGCAGCCCUCGACCAAUGUCAUUUUGUCAUUUUUUUUUCUACAAACGGGACCAUCCUGUUUUUAUGAUAGAUUAAAAGGCUGUAAAUAAGAAAGGGAAAAAAAAACAAAAAUAAAUAACAUAAAAUUACAUGCAGCUGCCCCCAUUUUACUGUGUGUUUAGUGUGGGGGGGGGGUGAUACCGUGGCCCACGUGUCCUGUCUGUUGCUCCUUCUGUCACGUGACCUCAGUGACCAUACUCGUGGUGGAGAGGGAGUCUGUUCUUUUUAGCUGUCUCCUGCGUGUAACAUGCAGUAAGCAUGCAGGCUGUCUCUACGUCCUCCCCUGUGCUGCGGGGGGUGGGGGGGGCACAUAGCCCUGCCCCGGCUGGAAAGAUCCGCUGAGGAAACGCUUUGUCUACCGUCUCAAAAAACCACUCUGUUAGAUGAAGCUGCUACCUUAUGGAUUUACGUGGUAUUGUCAGGAAUCAGUCUCAAAUGUGUAUUUUCCUCCUAAAAUCAAUUUGUUUUAAGGAAACGAAUAAAUAAUUUAAAUCAUA